CACUUCACAUCACCCGCUAAACAUUUCUUCACCAUCACGAUGCUGCAUUUAUGGGUUAUACUGGUCAUUCUUCACCAAGCAGACUCACUCAUCUCAGAGAUCAAGGCGCAAUUUGGUGAACCUGUAACUCUCACAUGUCUGUAUCCUGAGUUGGAGUACAGCAACACCCGAAUUAAAUGGUACAAACAGAGUAUUGGUGAUACUCUUACAUUAAUUACAACAAUGAUGAAAGCUACUGCGACUCCCAUAUUUGAGCAAGGGUUUUCUCCCGCACGAUUUGGUGCAAACUGCUCAACAGUCAUGAGCACUCUGACCAUUGUCAAGAUGAUGCCAGAAGAUGAAGCACUGUAUCACUGUGCAGUCUCUACCUGGAAGGUGGAUCAGUGGACUGGAAUUCAUUUGUCCUUAAAAGAAAAAAGUAGAAGAAAAUCAGAGUACACUGUUGUUCAGUGGCCAACAUCAUCUGGUGCGGUACAGCCUGGAGACUCUGUGAUUCUCCAAUGUUCAGUCCUCUCUGAUUCUCUGCAGCCGUCCUGUCCAGAUGAACAUUGUGUCCACUGGUUUGCAAUCAGAGCAGAUAAAUCUCUUGGAGACAUAAUGUACACAAAUGGAAAUGCAUCUUAUCAAUGUGACCAGAAACCUGACAGACCAGCUCCUUCAAAGAGCUGUGUUUAUCACUUCUCAAAGAAUCUCACUUCCUCCGAUUCUGGGACUUACUAUUGUGCUUUGGCAACGUGUGGAGAAAUUAUAUUUGGAAAUGGGACAAAAGUUGACGUUGCAGAAGCCAGCGGGUAUUCUUGUGAUGGUUACCAGAUAAACGGCAUCAGCUUGCUUUCGUUGUGUGUCAUCUUGGCAUCAUGUGUUCUUCUUAUAGCCGUCCUACUUCCCAUCAUGAAGAGAACAAAAUGUGACUCUUGCAACACUGCCAUGUUUCUGCAAAACAAUGUUGGAGAAAAGCACUUGAAGAGAGAAGAGGACAUGUGGAUUUACUCUACUGCUGUUUUUGCUGUGAUAAAAACUGACAGUGGAGGAAAAAGAAACACAAAAGCAGUGGAGAGACAGCAGAUCUGUGCUGCUUUUGCGGAGGAGUAACAAGCCUUUUAAUGACUUGUAUGUAACAGUGUAUAUAAGAAUUAGUCAUUACUACUCUAAGGUCACACACUGGUUUCUGAAAUGCUGUUUUGAAGCCUUAAUUUCACCAUUUGGCUCUUAAAAAGUUGGUGUUUUAGAUGGGUAUGUUUUUUUUUUUUUCUUUUUUUAACUUGUCCUGUCCAGUAUCAUAGCAAGCAAAAUGAUAAUCUGGUUGCUGUAUCGUGCUGAACAAAUUUGCUCUGCCAAGGGGAGGUCUAUGGGUAAGACUCCUCUUGAUGAUCUGAUUCAUUUAUUUAUUUAUUUAAUUUGAAUCACAGAAUUUAUGUGAUCUUGCUGGACCUGACCGGAGGGGACAGAAAAAGAUGGAAAAUAGCAAAAAGAGCAAAAGGGAA